CCCAGCCGGAGCGCGAGCCCCGCGCGGAUCCCUGCGGCCGCCGCCGCCGCUGCCGUUGGCGCGCGCGCGCGCGCCGGGAACAAAGUGGCCGCGGGAGCGGAGCGCGGCGCGAGCGGGGCCGGCGGCGCGGGAAGGGGAGGCAGCGGGGCCGGGAAGAUGAACCGGAGUUUCAACAAAUCUCAGACUCUGCGGUAUCUGGAGUGCAGCGCGGUGGAAGUGAAGAGUAAGUUUGGAGCAGAGUUCAGAAGGUUCUCUCUGGAUCGCUACAAGCCAGGAAAGUUUGAAGACUUCUACAAACUAAUUCUUCACAUUCAUCACAUAGCCAACCUGGAAGUGAUGAUCGGAUAUGCUGAUGUGCAUGGAGACCUUCUCCCUAUUAAUAAUGAUGACAACUUCUUCAAGGCCGUUUCAAGUGCUCAUCCACUGCUCAGGGUUUUUAUCCAAAGACAAGAUGAAGUGGACUACAGCAAUUUUGGGACCAAUACGCUGUCGAGGAAGAAGAAGGCUCUGGUGACACUGCGCAAUGACAACCUCCGCCGGCGUCCUCACAUCAACAUUAGCAUGCCUCAUGAUUUUAGACCAGUGUCUUCCAUAAUCGAUGUGGACAUUCUCCCCGAAACACACAGGAGAGUGAGGCUGUAUCGACACGGGUGUGAGAAACCCUUGGGAUUUUACAUUCGUGAUGGCACCAGUGUAAGGGUGACUCCUCACGGACUGGAAAAAGUACCUGGCAUCUUCAUCUCCCGUAUGGUUCCUGGUGGCUUGGCAGAGAGCACAGGCUUGCUGGCUGUGAAUGACGAAGUCCUGGAAGUCAAUGGCAUUGAAGUCGCAGGAAAGACUCUUGACCAAGUCACAGACAUGAUGAUUGCCAACAGCCAUAAUCUCAUUAUCACAGUCAAGCCAGCAAACCAGAGGAACAAUAUUAUUCGGAGCAGUAGGAUGUCUGGUAGCUCUGGUCAGUCUACAGACAGCACUGCGAGUCACCAUAGCUUGCCUACAUCCCACGUUCUGCAGAACUUCCACCCUGAUGAAAUGGAGAGUGAUGAAGAGGCUGACAUUGUCAUCGAGGGUGGUCUGGAGCCACAACACAUUCCUAAACUGCACAGCCUUACUUCCAGUAGCCUCUCUCGAAUCAAUGGCAGCAGCCUUAGCCACAGACUUCAAAGGGACCUGGUGCUCAACAACAACUCUGGCCGAGAAAGCAACGGCAACAUCCACAAAUUACUCAGUUCCUUAAAAACUGAUCCCCGACACAGUCUGGUUAUCCCCAGAGGAGGUAUUGAGGAGGACGGAACAGUCAUUACACUUUAGUAGCAAUUUCUGCAAUUCUCCUUACAGUCUUAAGUGCCAAUUGGGACAAUCGACUCGUGCAACACGUGCACAAAACAGGGAGCUGAUAUUCUCACAGACCUCAUGGGUGCAGAAAAUUGUUGCUUUCUAGGAAACGUGGCAUCUGGAGUUAGACAUAAAACUGUUAUGCACUGCAAAAUUUGUCAGGAGAAAGCCAGAGUGCAAAACCUGGUUUAUGUCCCGGCCCCUGAAGUGAGAACACAAAUUUGUUUUAGUUGGUAUAAAUGUAAGCAGUCUUACAGGCUACCCAUGGCAGUGUUAUAUACUCGGGUUUGAAUGCAUGGGUAGAUGUAUUUAUACAUGCAUGUAUAUGAAUUAGAUUUUAAUAGUAACAGACAUGUCUAUUUGAAGUGGAACAUGGUUUUCUUCUAACACCAGCUAAGGACAGAGUGCUUCUUAAUAGCCAUCCCGUCAUCUUCUGUUCCAUACAGCCCUUCCGCCGACUUGUUUACACCGUCUUCUCAGCGUUAUGUCUAAUCCAGACGAGCUCUGUAAAAGCAGCCGUUUCCUAUUUCGGCGGUAACAGCGCUCGGGAGACGCUGCAGACACAUUUUCCAAAGGAAACGAUAGAAAUCUCUAUCCGUAUAAACCCGCGCGUUUCCCGCCGUGGCCGCGGCUGCCGGGCCAUGGGCCCCACCUGCCGGCCGGCGGGGGCAGCGCCGCGGCCGCCUUGUAUUCUCUCACCAUAUUUAUUAGAUAAUACCUCCUUGUUUUGUUUGGUUGGUUUUUUUCUUUGUUCCUUUUUUUUGUUUUUUUCACCCCUCCCCGCAUCAUCUCUUUUUUUUCCAGAAUCAUGGUUCGUGUGAGUUUUUAGGCAUGCAAGCCUCAGAGCUGACACAGCCCCUUGCUUUACCUUUGGGGCAAUCCACAAGGUCUUUCCUUGACAAGAGAUUUCCCUGUGGAGGGGAGGGAUGCUGACUGACUCUCAAGCCUAACUUAGAAUAGUUCUGUUAUCUUUGGACUCCUACAGUAAUAAAGCUUUAUGUCUGCACAGGACUUCUGGAAAGUUGAAAUAUACUGGAUAUUUGGGAAGGUCAGACACCUUUGCUGGGUGGCCAGGUGGCUAGUGAGUAACCAGUGACUGUUGAGUCAGUACCUGUCUGCUUCUGGAAACACCAUGAGUUUUAUCAAAGUGGUCUAAUCUAAAAUAUUUUGUUAUAUCUUGAUCAGUGUAAGGAACAAAAUAUAAAUGUUUUUAAAUGUAUUUUUCUACUUUUAGCUUGUGUCAUUUGCUCUUUGUUUUUAACUUUGUAGUACAUUAAAGCUUUUUUUAUAUGGUGGAAUAGACAUUUCUUAAAUAUUUUAUGAACACGAAAAUUCAGGAGUCUUGGUUUGGAAAAAUUACAUUCCGUUUUGGAAUCUGUAAUGGCUGGAAAAAGGAUGUGUGGACUAAUUCAUUGUUGCUAAUUUAGAAUACCUGUGGAACAACCAGUCUUCUGCUCAUGGUUAAAUAUAUUUGGGACAUUGAACUUAGUUUAUUUCUUUUAGAUUUGCUUUAAGAGUUUAUUUUAAAAGUCUUUCACUUAUUCUAAUUAAAACUUUUCUAGGUAUCAAAGCAGCUAUAGAGCUGUACGUAUUUUUCACAGCACAGUAAGAAUAGAACAUUGAUCCUGUUCAUCUUAAAACUGUGUUUGUACUUUACCAAAGGUUUUCAUUUAAAAACAAAAAUCAUCAGAUUAUUGGUGCAGUAAAAAAAAUGAAUUAGCUGGAUAUGCUUCAGUCAAUCAGAUCAUCUUAUCCAGAAAAAAAUGUUACACCUUAAAUAAGACUACUUUUAUGAAUAAGUGGAUUUGUCUGGCUGAAGUUACUCAUUUUACCUUAGUUAACUGAUGAAAAUGUGACCUUGUCUGCAAUAAAAUGUUCACUGUCUGUCUUCUACUCUGAAUUUUUUCCCAG